AUGGUGGUGGAUAUGUGUGAGGGAGUUCAGUACCUUAAUGAAAUUAAGGACUCUGUUGUUGCUGGUUUCCAGUGGGCUUCAAAGGAAGGUGCAUCGGCGGAAGAAAACAUGAGGGGUAUUUGCUUUGAAGUCUGUGAUGUGGUUCUUCAUGCUGAUGCAAUCCACAGAGGAGGUGGUCAGGUCAUUCCCACUGCUAGGAGGGUCAUCUAUGCUUCCCAGCUCACUGCCAAGCCAAGGCUCCUUGAACCAGUAUAUCUCGUCGAAAUCCAAGCUCCGGAGCAGGCUCUUGGUGGCAUCUACUGUUGUUAA